AAAGUCAAGAAAACAGACUAGUUGUAAAUACAAGAGAAACAUCUACUUCUAUAAAUAGAUCAAUGAAUCAUAUAUCGUUCUAUUUUAUAUAGUCGGUUCGAUUCCAUCUAACAACAUGUCCUAGGUCAUUUAGUACAAUACCAGAGGCCUCAGGAUUUCUGGGUUCCCCAAGUAUAUCCCGGAGACUUGCGAGCUCUACUCGAUAGCAAACUGAGACUAGCAACUUCCAAAAGAACUAAAAAUGACUUGAAUGAAUGCGUAGGCGGCUCGAAUCUCCUCAGUCGUUAUCAAUGAAACGCCAUGAUCAUAUUGGUACAACAAAGGGCGCGUACGUUCUAUAGUGUUUGUUACCUUCGUCUGUGCAUAUUUCCGUUUUAUAUGGCACGAUAAGUAGGUGAACAUAAAGAGUCUAGAUAGUACGGCCGUAUUGUGAUGUUUUACGUCAGAUGUCUGGCUCGCAGCACGAAGCAAAGGCCACGGAUUCGUACUUACAUCAUAAUGUAUUCCUAAGAUUAGCAUGCAAGUGUGUUACCCCCUAGGCGAUCGCAGGGAUAUCAAAGCUAUAUCCGACCUUUUAUUUUUAUCUUUCAUAAACCUAUUUUCAGCGUUCUUGUUCACCUUUUUGUUUACGUUUCUUACCCUAACCCACUGCCAUGAAUUCUGCACCUUGAGCUAUUGUUGAUGUCCGCAUUAGGCCGAAGGCAGUGGUCCUUGGACGUUAAAAUCAGCCUAUUCAUAACUGACCACUGCGAGUAGAUUGGCGAAUUCAUUCCCAGUUGUUCAGAGCUGGAUGAUGUCAAUGAAUUUUGAAUCAACAAAUGCUCUCGCAGUCAUUCUAGCUGUGGCAGAAGUUAACAACGGCUUUAUAGUCGCUGAUCUGAGUUUGCUUACGAUGUGAACGAACGUUCUCAGGAUCGGGCCGGCAUUCGGAAAGAACACAGGAUUAGGUUUUAUUCAUUUAUUAUCUAUUAUCAAUUUUAUUCAUUCAUUAAGUAUAAGUAGUAGCGAAACCAGUACAUAUGGACCACGGAACCUCUAAGGGCAUCAGUGCGCUGGCAUACCAGUCUAGCAGUUUCUCUAAUACAAGCACAAAGUUGCUAGUUCGAGCCCGGCGACGAGACACGCUCCAUUAUAAGAAGAGACGUUCUUGUAUGACAGAGUGACUACUCUGAAUGAAAUAAGAAAUUCUGAAGUUGUCCGCGAGUAGUAAAAAUAUCAUCGAUUCUCCUAGUUACCUUGAUGAUAGGACUGAAUGGCCUAUACAUAACCCUUAACACGAAUUUAAAAAUCGAUGUCGGCGAAAUAAGAUCAAAUGCACGAUCUGUUUUAUGCAUAGCCGUCCGUGGCGUAAUAUCAGCCCUAUGAUUGUCUGAUGCGGUUUCGCUGAAGGCUCUGCUAAUACCGAAAGCCAAUAGGACAAGAAAAAAGCCAAGGCGAAAUUCGAAAUUUUCGAAAGAGUGCCCAUUGUGUUCUUAGAACAGUAGGUUCUGAAAGGUUGAGUUCGGGACACCGAAGUUACUAUCGAUCGUCGAUGUGGGUCUGUCCGGGGUAAACAGAUCUCCGCCCAGCGAGGUUCAACGAGAACGCCGCUAUAUUUAAUAACGAAACUUGCCAACAGCUCACCUUGACACGGCUUACCGUGAACUGACCACCUUAUAAAAAUCUAUCUUCUGAUAAACAAAAAACGCACGAAAUCACUUGCAUAGAUAGUUCAUUGACAAAAAAAAAACACUAUAUUUUUAUGUCCGACUGAAUUGUCCUAAGCCAUGAAAUUGAUCAUUGUUGUAUGAUACGUAUAAUAUCUUAUUUAAUCUUCACAAUAGAUAAUAAGCGUACCAAAGCAGUGAAGUUGUGUCGGUAAUCACUUAUGUGUGAAGCUUAUAAAUAAAGCAACCGCAUACGAAUGUGCUUCGUAUACUUACGCAUGUGACGUACGUCAACAAAUAUUCGGCGUGUUAAUAAAUCAUCCAAAGUUGCACAAUGCUUGAUGGUAGUAGAGGCUAUCAGGCAAAUAGGAAAUGUUAGCGUGCGCACCCCCAACCUCUUAUAUGUUUAGGGGGUUUGUUGAAUUCAUACGAAUCGCUAACAUCUCUCUCUCUAACGGCGCCGAACUGCUCAGGGACCUGAGUUCUUGUUCAAAUGGGUCUCAAUCAAGCUAACUCUGGUGUACUCUCCUGCUUCAAAGGUUACUACUUUAGUCUCAAAACGAAAAGUUAAAUGGCUUAUUGAGUCUUAAACAGCCAGAAGGGCGUUUCGUCAUAUUGAGUAAACGAUAAUAUACAGAAUGCCGAGUGCGUAAAUCCCAUAGAUAAGAUUAGAGUUCAACGUCAACGAACGAAGGAAAUCUUUCGUGCAGCACUUUGUCUUUGUUCGUUGUAUGAAAACAUCUCGAUAAUAUUUUAAAGCAUAAAAAUGUAUCAUCAAUAAAAAUAAGGCUUAACGGACGUUUAAGUCUGGCUAGGACUUAACUCUAACUUAACUUAGUUCAAGGACUGAAGAGAUAACUUCUUAGGCAAAUGCAGGGACCUUUACUUGUUUGCUUUGACAUCGACUUAGACAUGACUUAGAUAUCGAUAAUAUUUACAAAGAAAUAUAGGCCGCCACUUCCAUUAUGCAGUUUUUCAUAGCACUGCGUAGGUUUCUUAGCAGCGUGUUUAUUUAGCAGACAUAUCGGGCAUAAGACUCUUAGGUUUUUUUGAAGUUAACUACAAGUUAAAGUAAACUUAUGAAAUACGGUAUGCAAGUGUUUGCUACGCAUAUAGGUUGCAUGCAAGUUAUAUUUUAGGUUUGUAACUUUCCAGUAGACCAUAACAGUUGAUAGAUGGAGAUAUAAUAAAUCGUAUUAAUUAUCCUGGCGACUACCUUUCAGUGAACCAACUGAGACUACUUUAUCGCGGAGAAAUAAGGUCCUCAAGCUGACAGGAGCCCAAAGAAACAACGAGGUAACAACAGGCACUCCUCUAUGAUAGAGUAGUAGCAUAACGGAAUACCAUGGCUGAUUAUAGCAACACUUUGUUUCGUAUCCUAAGACGUCUCAACGUGUUUCCGGUAGGCGUCUAAAAUACCCAAAGGUUUGCUGUCUUACCAGGGAGGUACGAUGAGAUCGCGGAAAACCUGAAAAUCGCACCAUAAAAUCGCUGAAUAUAUUUCAAAGUGAUAAUAGCUGGCAAUUUCUGUGUUGCCCGAAUGAAGUCCGUCCCAUAGACACAAUUUAAAUAGGAUUAGAAAAUUCUGGGAAGUUGAAUGAUCCCGGAUCGUGGUGUAAGAAUCUUACACAGAACUUUCAUUCAUUUUAUCGUGACGAAAAUCUUCAAUGCCUUACCGAAUUAAUACUAUAUAUGUACUAAAUUAGUUGUUAGGAUUGGGGCAAAGCCUUAAUAUUGAUUGAACUAACUGCUUUAACACAACGUAUGUGAAUAAAUAAUAAUUACUAACGUUCAUGGUUAAUUAAAUAUAUAAAUUUUAAGCCUACGUCAGCAAGGCAAUGCAAUGCAAAGCAAAGCAAACUUAUCAACAUUUUGUUUAAAUAAAGGGUUUCUGAAAUGUUUGCUGGUGACACCAAUCCUAUUCAGGCGUCCAACGACAGCAGAACCCCACUCGCUGCUAAUGUACUCGUUGAAGUUAGUAGGGGGCUGUCAACAUUUGCUUGAGGCACUCAUCACUCUUUCUUAUUAACAUUUCAUUGGGGUUCUCAUUAGGGAAAGGGCAUGACAUCGCUUUCAUUAGCUAGGGUACAAGCAUUCUCGUAAAUAUCAGCGUGUAAAUGUCACCAAGGCCAUAUCGAGGACGAGUAUUUCGUUGUGGUGCGUCCGUCUUCUAGGACUAAUCUUUCUAACAAAUCGAAGUGAUGCGAUAAUUUUGAAAGUUUCUUAGACGAAGUUACGGUCUUACCAGUAGAUGAAUACGACUGUAGGGGUCUAAUUGUAUCGUGCAGCUAUGAGGUAUCAGGCCAACAUCAUCUUCUGCCAUUUUCUCGUAUUCAUGGUUCUCAGCGUGACCUGUGCUAUAGGUCAAAAAGCAGAACCUAGCAUGAAUUCUCGUAUGCCAGUGCAUAAAACUGAUGGUAUCUUCGAUAUUAUCGCGUUACCCGAUAUCGCUACGCUCAUUCAAAAGUUGAUGCAAAUACCAUUUCAGCUUCUCAAGAAAGUAAGUAAAAAUUCGACAUUAUAUAUUGAGAGAGUUUCUAGUUGAAAAAAGAUUUAAAGGGCCAUCCUACAUAAAUGAAAUACGAAUACGCGCCAUGUUUAUUAUCUGCGACAAUUCUAAAUUAAGGCCUCUUUAAAAUAUUUUUAUUAAGAUAGACAAAAAGCCCAUACUCAGGCAAAGAGGAUCUCGAAACUCACCAUAAUUCAAGAAGACAUGGAUUUCACGGGAUUGAGUAUAUAGAAUUGGUGAAGGUGACACAAGGUUAUUAUAGAACGGUUUUGGCGUAGUAGCUGGUUUUUUUUCAAGUUUUAUUGAUGUUUUAAUAAUUCCCUCAGGUAAACCAGUGGGUAAUUUUUUUUAUUAAUUUUAAAAUAAUUUUUAAUAACCAUUCGAUUAAUGGAAUUGAACAUUAACUUCCAGGCAGUCAUACCUAUACUAGAGUUACCAUAUCAUAUCGUGUCUACGCUCUGGUCGCGGAUAGGUUCCGGAACGAUCCUACCCGGUAUGACACCGAUGGGAUCUCGGAGUUUAUCUACAGGACUAUUCGCGGGAGUUAUUUCCCGCAUCCUGAACAUUGACCUUAUUAAUAGCUACUUCAACGCGCUUGCGAUCGACGAGAAGUGCAGGGAAAGGGCUGCGUGUGAGAUGGGAGCUUACGUCAUCCAUCAGAAUCAAUAUGCUGCUCCCAUAUUGCACGACGUCUUCAAAAACCUUUUUGAGCAGACGACCAAGUACUGGACGCACAUGCAGCGCGGAAUAAAGGGAGGGGUCUGUCACAAUUACUAUCGAUCUUGCUAAUGGAAGAGCAUUUAAUGCGAAUCCCUUCGGCUAUUCUUCAAUCGACGCCUUUACACGAACGACCCCCGUCACUGGGCGCAUUGCUACCUUCAGCAAUAAAACUACCCAACGCGAACCCUGUAGAAGCCGCGACGAUUGAAGAUCCAAACGAAACGAUUCGAGGACGAGGCUUCCUAAAAAGUGGGUUUAUGGAUGCUGCCGACGAGCGGCAGCCUUUUGGCAAAACUGCCCCUAUGAAGCCACCAAGGAAAAGUCUACUCAGUCGAUUAUCGUCUAUAGCUGAACGGUCAUUUAGCACAACACCUCGGAAAGCGAUAAAGGCAAAGAACGAACAAUUUCAGCAGGAACUACCGCUACAGACAGAUUUGACUCGAUCUGAUCAAAAUACGAAUGAUGGUGAUGAUGAUCAAGCCAGCGACAAAACCCUUACAGCGGACCACCAGGACAGUGCUAAUGAAAUAGAUCAGGUCACCGACAAGAAAAUAGACGUAGAGGACCAGAACAACAACAACACUCAAUGUACCAGUCAGCUAUAUCGACAUACGGAUCGUGGUAACGGUGCAGCAUCAACAGGCCGCGAAGAUAAUGAAAAAGUUCAAAGUGGACCGUUCGAGACUGACACCAAGAAGAAGAUGCCUUCAAAAGCAGCUUGUGACUGUAAAAGUUGCAUGGCAAUCCUCGAGCAGGAGUGGUUUUGCGAUGUGCCAAGUGAAAUAUCAUGCUCACUGGCAAGUCUCGGUACGCCUCAUAGGAGCCUACCUUCGAAUAGCGGAGACAGACGUAGUUCUCACCAAGACGAUUUCGGCCAAGCGGCAAAAGAGGUGUAUUCCGACUAUUCGGAACAGGUGUUAAGCUCGCCCCCUACCGAGGAUAUCGCGAAACGGCCCUCACAAGCCUCGUCACAGAAUGCGCGAAUCUUUAAGUUAAACGACGGGGUUCGUCGCAUAGGGAAGUUUUUACGCUCAACACUGGCGGCAGGUGAGCGAAGGCUGUGCGGUUGGAGGUCUAGCAAGGAAACGGACGGGCUUUCGCUUGCGAGCGAAAUUUCCUCUACUACAAAGUCAAGGAAAGCGUUUUGGCAUACCAAACGGUUCACUGUCAUAGGUCAGGAUACGGAAACGACUACCACUACAAGCGUUCCUCAACUCCUCAAGCGCGCCGGACGGAUUUCUAUCUCUAGCGAUGAUUACGGCCUCCGGUCGGUUCAAUGCGAUUCGCCGCUUAGCUUUCAUGCACCAGAAAAGGAUAGUGAACUACAUGACGCUUCGAUCACUUCAAUCAUGGUUGUACUUAUGCCAUCCGGAGCCGCCGAUCCCAAUGAAGUGGACUCGCGUGUUUGGCUUAGCGUGACGGACAGUGGUGAGGAAGGCGGGGACCCGCAGUGUCAACUUAUAGUACGCGACCCAGUUUUGAAGAAUCUGCUCGAAGACCUUAAGCAGGUCAUGGUUGACCAAGAGAUCAUCCUUAAACAGACAUCAAAAGUACUAGAUGAGUGUGGCAGGUACAUGGGAUGCGCAAAGGCAAAACAAGGAAUCGUCCUAGCCGAACAGAUGCUGCAUGUGGCCAUGCAAAGGUACUUCGCAGCUGAGACAGAGCUUCAGUGGUACAUCGACGGAUUCGAAUUCGAGCCGCAGCGGGAUCGUGUUGUGGUCCGUGAACUUCGAAUCCCUCUUAGAGAAGAGUUUCGUGCGAACGUCGCUGCAUCCAAGGACCAGUUUGUGUUUCUGGUGCUAUUGAAGGUUGGACAUCGCGUUGAGGCAUCAGACGUACUCUGGAUGGCCCCUGACGAUCGGGAAAUCGUGGUCAAGGGGUUGUGGUCACAUGGAAUUUUUAAGGGAACGGGCGAGCGGCCAUCAGCUAAAAAUUCGGCUUUGAUGGCCAAAUUGAUGACCAAGUCGAAACGCAGGUCUCCCCCCUUGUGGUACUUAGAUAAAAGAUCAGAUCAACAAAGGCUUGGCGAAGGCCUAGAGCAAACGGAAGAAACCAAAGCUAAUUUCGAAUUCACCUUUAAUCGGUCGGACUGGAAAGUUGACAUUGAAAUCUAUUCCUUCUUCGUGAAGCGCGCCAGGUGGAACAGCUCGCUCAAUCUGAAUAAGCGCAAAGUAGACCGUUCAAAUCCGAGUCCUCAAGUCCAACGCAGAGACAGUAUCCGGGUUGAUUCUGAACGCCAUAUUGAGGUACGGAAGAGCUCAUUUGGCCUUCUCGCUAAAGCUACGCUGUCGAAGAAUGAUGUUCUUGCUAGAAGAUCGGUCAGCCUAAUCGGAUGCCCGAACCCAAGUCCAUUUGAAUCUGAAUUAAGGAUUAUUGGCGAGGCACAUCUCAAUGAUACGGUCUACUACGCAGCAGUGUUGAACGUCAAGGACUUCACGGGGUCAUUUGGCCGCAUGGGAGGAAUGCGUUCUUGUUUUGCCAAACUCCACAAUACGACGCUCAGCUUUUUCGAGAGCAGCCCAACCCUACUAGACGAGACGAAGCCGCUUCGAACUUUCGAUCUGUCCGGUUUGACGGUAGAAAGCCUUGAGCUGGACACAAUCGAGGGGCUGUUCUUCCACGGCUUCACCCUUUGGCUACACAAUAACAACGUUCAGUCAAAUGUAAGCCAAACUAACCGUGAAAAACUCCUACAGCAGACAAAAGAGGAAUUCCAUCGUCUCAAGGGGUCAUCAUCGGGUGGUCAUGAAAAUAUCUUUGAGGCUGGCAGCGAUUGUUCACUUGGUCCAACUAUUGCCUCACCUAAGCCCAGCGCAACAGCAAAUCUAACAAACAGCGAAGAUACGGGUCCAACUCUGUCAAGCUUUCAACAGCCUGUGGAAGACUGUCUUCGCCUCUGCACGAACUCCCGGGAGCAGACUCUGCUCUGGAUAGAACAUCUGCGAAGGGCGCUUCGACAGGCACGAGUCGUCGAGCUUGUGUGACUGUAGUUACCUUGAUACAUAUAAAC